GAUGUACCAAAAAGGUGGUUCUUGAAAUUUUAGAAUUAAUAAUGGCUGCACAACUUUACAAAACUACUUCAGGACGUUUGUUUCAUGCCGGACAAAUAGCAAUUAUUACCGUUGGGUUGCCAGCAAGAGGAAAGACACACGUGGCGCGUUCGUUAUGUCGUUAUCUUCGAUGGUUAGGCGUUCCUACAAAGGUUUUUAGUGUAGGAAAUUAUCGUCGUCAUGUUAUUGGAAAUGCUUCUAGUUUACCGCAUGAUUUUUUCAAUCCUGGAAAUCUCGAGACCGCUGAAGCUCGCCAUAAAAUAGCAACAGAAUGUUUACAAGAUAUGAUUAAAUGGUUGCAAGAAGGAGGCCAGGUUGGCAUUUAUGACGCUAGUAAUACAACUCAAGACAGACGUAAAGAAGUACACGAUAUCUUAAUUAGCCAUAAUGUUCACCCUCUCUUUAUCGAAUCGAUCUGUGAUAAAUCGGAAAUUAUCGAAACUAAUAUACGAAGUGUCAAAAUUACUUCACCGGAUUAUGUUGGCUGGGACCCUGAGGAGGCCGUAAAGGACUAUUGGACGCGUAUAAAUAAUCAUUUGGAACACUACGAAACUAUUAAUGACACGGAGUUAAGUUUUGUUAAAAUGAUUAAUGUUGGUGAACGUAUAAUUGUAAAUAACGUGAAGGGAUAUCUUCAGAGUCGAAUUAUGUUCUAUUUAAUGAAUUUGCACAUCUCUCCAAGAAUUAUAUAUUUUGCCAGGUCGGGUGAAUCAAUGAACGAAACGUCCCAAAAAGCUGAUGCAGAAUUAAGUCUUGCGGGAAAACAUUAUGCUUACACUUUAAAAAACUUUUUAUUAGCGUUGAGGGAGAGAGAGAAAAAAGAACGAAAAGAACAAGGAUGGGAUGACGAUGAAAGAAUGUUGACGAUCUGGACUUCAGCACGUCAGCGUUCAUAUCAAACAGCAAAACCUUUUCUUGAUGAAGGUUUUAAUGUAUAUCAUCGUCCAUCAUUGGCCGAAAUUAAUGUGGGAGAAGCCGAUAACCUUACUGUAGAAGAGAUUAAGGCUAAAUUUCCUGAAGAAUAUGAAAAACAACAAAAGGAUCCAUAUCAUUAUCGUUAUCCUAGGGCUGAAUCAUAUCAAGACUUGGCAGUUCGUAUCGAAUCUAUUAUUCUUGAGCUUGAAUACGAGAAAAAUGAUGUACUAAUAAUAGCUCACGAAUCAGUAUUAAGAUGUCUAUAUGCGUAUCUUUUUGACCGGCCAGAAGAUGAAAUUCCAAGGAUAGUGAUUCCUCGUAAUUAUUUAAUUGAAAUAAUUCCCUCCGCUUAUGGAUGUCGUGAAACUCGAAUGGAAAUUGUUGACACUUUUGUCCAUUCCGUGCCUUUAUUAGCUGAUUUGAGUCACAAUGGGAAAAAAUCAGAUUAACGAAAAUCGAGAAAGCAUUAAAAAAAAAUUUUUAUCAUUACAACUAUCAUAAAU